ACACAUACAGACACACACAGAAACACAAACACCAAUACACUUACACAUUUAUAUAUAUAUUUUUUGGUAAAUGUGUGGCGGCGGUGUCAGCGGCGUUUGUUGUUGUUCUUCUUUGUGAUUUGCAGCCGAAGAAAGGUCAAGCGUUGCGUAAAGCGGUUGCACAAACACGCACACACAGACACACGGACACACACAUAAUCGCAAACACGCACACACACGCGCACACACACACGCACCCGUGUAACCGAAGUUUGGAACUUGAUCGUGUUAGCUGUAAAUCAGGCAAAAUUCAGUUCGUCUACGUUUACAACAGCAGUGUCCCACACGCGGCUGACAUCUAUCAGCCUCAUUCACGUUAUAACGGCAGCAACGCCUACGAUUCGGACACCGAGUGGCUGGAGGACAGCGGGCAGACGGAAGCAGGAAACAAAGCAAACGACGACAACAACAGCAGCAGCAGCAACAACAACAGCAACAACAACAACAACAACAACAACAAUAGCAAUAGCAAUAGCAAUAUGGCAGUGCGCAAAAAACAGGACGACAAAUACCUGCUAGCGCUGCGGGAGCUGGUUAACAGAGGCGCAGGCAAUCGCCAGUGCUUCGAUUGCAACCAGAAGGGGCCCACCUACGUGAACAUGACCAUCGGCUCGUUUGUCUGCACACGCUGUUCGGGUGUACUACGUGGUCUGACGCCACCGCAUCGAGUGAAAUCCAUAUCGAUGGCCACAUUCACACAGGAGGAGCUGGACUUUCUGAAGGCGCACGGUAACGAGCUGUGCGCAAAGACCUGGCUGGGCCUGUGGGAUCCGAAGCGUGCCGCCGCCCAGCAGCAGGAUCAGCGCGAGCUGAUGAUCGAUAAGUACGAAAGGAAACGCUACUAUCUGGAGCCAGCCAGUCCGCUCAAGUCGCUCAAUCUGAAGUCGGCGUCGUCGUCGACAUCAACGUCAACAUCGACAUCGUCCAGCAAUGGCUAUCAUCACAAUACGGGCAACAUAUCGAGCAAUGGCUAUGCCACCAUCCAUUUGACACCGCCCGCCGCCCAGCGCACAGCUGCCAAUGGCCUGUCUAAGAACGGAGCAUCCACAACGGCCAUCAGCCGGCCGCAGCAUCAUCACCAUCAUCAUCAUCAGAAUCACAAUCACAAUCAACUGAAUGGCAAUCAUGACGGCUUCUCCAAUAAUCUGUCUGGCAUUGGCCUGGGCCUGACCAGCCUGAACAGCGCCGGCUCCACAUCCACGGGCGCCCUGUCCGAUACGAGCAGCUGCGCCAGCAAUGGCUUUGCCGGCGAAACAGAUUUCGUUGCCGAUUUCGGCACGGCGAACAUAUUUGAUGCCACCUCGGCGGCGCGUUCCACAGGCUCACCGGCUGUCUCCACGGCCAGUUCGGUUAGCUCCACCAACGGCUAUGCCAAGGUGCAGCCCAUCCGAGCGGCGCAUCUCCAACAGCAACAGCAGCAGCAGCAGCAGCAGCAUCAUCAGCUCAAUGGCAAUGGAACGGAGAACUUUGCGGAUUUCGAGCAUGCGCCCAUUUACAAUGCAGUCGCUGAUGCGCUGAGCACGUGCCCGUCGAAGGCAUCGCUGCCAGAUUGGAGCGAUUGGAGCACGCCCGACCCGACAACAGAUCCCUUCGAGAAUGAAUUUGCAACGCUGCGCUCGGCAACAGAAACCAGCUCGGAGCCGGAGCUGCCCGCCUACUCCAUGCUGACGCUCUGGAGCGACGAGUGCUGGCCAGAGAAGCCGCCUGCCAUACACUAUGACAGCUCGGCGACCUCGCUGGAGUCGGCCAAGUGUCCAGACUCCGGCGAAGAUGCCAGCCGAACGCCCACAAAUCCAUUUCUGACCCAGCUGAAGCAGCCGGAGACAGCGUUCAGUCGGGCCUUGAGCGCGCUCCACAGCUCCGCAGAGGAGACAGAAACAGCGACAAGAACAACAACAACAGCAACAAAUGCGACGGUCGAGCAUAAUGAGUGCGACUCAAAUUCGAAUAUUUUAAAUGCCUAUUACAAUCCUUUCUUUACGUGGAGCGCCGCCUUGCAGAGCCAUCAACAGCUGAGCCAAACGACAAAUAAGCAGAGCCCACGGCAGGCAGGCGCUGCGCCCAGCGAGGAUCGCUAUGCGGCGCUCAAGGACCUCGACGAGCAGCUGCGCGAACUGAAGGCCACCGAAACGGAGGCGCCGACGCCAACCAGUGGCAACCUCACACAGCUGACGGAUGCCUUUGGCACGGCCAACAACAACAACAGCAGCAACAACAAUAACAUCCUACAUGCCAAUCCCUUCAAGAGCCAGCAGUCGGCGCUGCUCAUCAACGGCAACAGCAGCCACUUGGUGAAUCCAUUCCAGGCACAGCAACUGCAGCAGCAGCAGCAGCAGAAUCUCUAUGGCCAGCUGGCGCUCAUACCAAAUGGCUACGGCAGCAGUCCACAGCAGGCUGCGGCUGCGGCUGCGGCGGCGGCAGCGGCAGCAGCAGCGGCUGCAGGUCAACAGCUGCUGCAGCAGCAACAGCAGCAGCAGAUGACAGCCAACAGUUUCUAUAAUUUCAAUAACAACGGCUUUGCCCUGGCCCAGGGUCUGCCCAAUGGCUGUGGCUUUGGCAGCAUGCAGCCAGCGCCCGUGCUCGCCGGCGGCAUAUCCGGCGGCUUUAAUAAUCCAUUUGCGGCCAGCGGCGCUAUGAACACCAAUAAUCCAUUUUUAUGAGAUUCAGAAUCGUGUGGAGCACAGGACCAAAAGCGGGACCGGGAGCGGGAGCGGGAGCGGGCACAGAAGGAGCACCAGCCGCAGCAACAGGGCCAACAGCAGCAGCAGGAGCUCACAUCAUGGCUGAGGCGUUGAAGCUGAACAGAGAAAAGCCGCUGAACAAAAAUAUUUAAAGCAAAAAAAUGAAGCAAAAAGUGAAACGAAAUUAGUCCAUUUUACGAACAAUAGCUAUAAAACUAUAAAAUAUACAUAAAUGUGUAUAUACAUAGGCAUAUGCAUAUGUGUGUGUGUAUAUAUAGUAUAUAUAUAUAUAUAUAGAUAACGUAGUCUGUGCUACAUGCUGAAUUGGUAUCCAUUUGAACGGAUCGUGCAAUAUAUAUAUACCCCUGUAUAUGUAUAUAUAUAUAUUCUUUUACAAAAGCUCUAACUCUCA